CUGAAGUUGUUGCUUGGGCUUUUUGGACUUCCCAGCAUGCAAUGGACUAGUGACAUCAUUAGCACCACUACAGCAUGAGUCUACCUGUGAGGAAAUGGCAGACUAAACUCCCUCCUCCAUCACUGAUCAGCGGUGAUACUAACAUCCCCAGGUUAUUGAAUUUUGGAAUGUCUGAGCAUGAACAGGAAGUUAAGCAACCCCAUGGCAGCAACUUGGAUACCUCAAAACAGAAAACAAAUCCCACUAGCUAAACAACUGAAGAAUUUAAGGAAAUGUAUGACUGUUUUUGAAGUACUUUUGUCCAAAGUGGGAAUUUGUGCAUUCAAGACGGGUUAUGCUGAGAAGGAGAAGGCCACAGCAAAGGGUCUGGAGGAUGUGAAGGCUAACUUCUACUGUGAAUUAUGUGACAAGCAGUAUCACAAACACCAGGAAUUUGACAACCACAUCAAUUCCUAUGACCAUGCUCACAAGCAGCGACUGAAAGAUUUAAAACAAAGGGAAUUUGCUCGAAAUGUGGCUUCAAAGUCAUGGAAAGAUGAGAAGAAACAGGAAAAAGCACUCAAGCGGCUCCACCAGCUUGCUGAAUUACGGAAGCAGUCUGAAUGCAUCACAGGCAGCAGACCAGUGUUUAAAGCUCCCAGGCUGGAGGUGGAAAAGCAACAACUACAAGAAGGAAUUUUCAUAGAUAAAAAUGGCAGAAUCACAGCAGGUACCAAGAGUAUGGCUCUGUGUGAAGGACAAAAUCACUCCAGAAGCAUGUUAGAGAAACAACAGGCGCUUACACUAAACAAGCACCAAUCACAUACCGAGAGACCCUGUUCGCUUGGAAAUCAAGCCUCACAAGCAUUCUCAGAUGGCACCAAUAUUAGUCACAGGACAGGAGUUUCUUUUUCUUUCUCUAAAAAAGCCCAGUUAAAGUUAGAGUCAUCAGCAUCAGUUUUCAGUGAGAACACUGAAGAAGCAUAUGAUGGUAGUGAAUCACCUAACCAUAAAACAAAACAAACGCCUGAGGGCUGCCAGUCUUGCACAGUUUUGUGUGAGGAUACAAAAGCAAGUGUGGAUAGAGGAUUAAAUAUCCCACAAGGUCAAAUGGAUAUCAUUGCAUCAAGCAAUACAGCAGCAAAAACUAAAACAGUCAAAGAAACUGAGAAAAACAGCGAUAAAGAGUUAGAAGAAAUUGUCAGCGCUCAUUCUUCAUUCUGCAAAACUGAAAUGCAGCUUUCACAUUUGGAUUUGACUGGUUCGAUGAGAGAAACAGAACAACAAGGUGAGUUGAAUGAGACUGAGAAAUUAUUGGAAACUCUCAUUUCACCUCCAAGCCAAACUACCAAUCUUUGUACCCAGCAGAACCCUUACAAGCACAGUGAUAUCAUGCUAAGUGACCUCUUAACGGAGUUCCCACCACAACACCCAGCUGAGCAGGGAUAUGUAAGUGAGCUGCAUUACAAUCCCAGUGUGGUCAAGACAGAGACAUUCUUUGAGAGUUCAGGAACUGUGAAUAGAAGCACAGAAAUGCUACCAAGUGAGACGUUGGUUAAGGAGAUGAAGCCCAAAGCAUUGCCGUUUCUUCAUGUACUGAGCAAAGAUGGCAGCACUGCCCUUCAGUGGCCCACAGAACUUCUUUUGUUUACAAAAACUGCACCCUGUAUUUCCUAUGGCUGUAAUCCAUUAUAUUUUGACUUUCGACUUUCUCUAAACCAUAGAGAUCGUAAAGAGCAUGAAACAAACACAGAAAGGUGUAGUGAGCCCCCUACAAAUACGAAUGCAGAUGAAAAUGAAACCUCAGGUUUAAUAGAAGACAAGCAAAUGUCAAUGGAACAAGAUAAUCAGUCACUGAAACCAAAGAAGAUGAAAGAUUCCAAAACCCAUAACAAAGCCCAGCAAAAAGCUGAUUCAGACACAGAGAAAGAAAUGAAUGGAAGUGAUCAAAAGUACAUUUCACAUUAUUCGAAUGAAAACAUACCCAAAGUGCCUGCUUUCCUUGAUGUCUCACAAAAGGAUUAUACAAGAGAAAGAAGUCUCCAUACCAGAACACCUAGGAGAUCUUUAAAGCACCAUUUGCAUAGCUGUGAAAGAAGAACUAACAGUGAUGGAAAUGAAGGCAUUUCCUUUUUGCCUUGUGUGUCUAGGACUAAAAGGCAUAAAACUGCAAAAUGUGAUUUAAGUUAUUCUGAAGAAAUACAUGAAAACCAAAACAACUGCAAAUCCAUUCAAAACUGGCCUGGAUGCAGCAGUGAUGUAAGUGACAGUGGAAAAGAUUCGAUUGGAAGUUUCCUUAGUUAUAAAUCAAGUUCUCAAAGCAGGUAUUCGGAAAAUGAAGGGUGUGGAGGUUAUACAAGAUACUGGAGAUUCUCAUCCUCCCAAAAGUCAUCCUCUGACAGACAUUCUAGCUAUUCUGACACUUCCAUUAGCAGUACAACUAGCUAUGUAAGUAGCUCCUCUAGUCACAGAUCAAGUGAUCACAGUAGAAGUCACUUGCUCUUCUGUUGUAAAAGAAAAAACAAGACAGUUGAAAGGCACAAACGUAAACACAGAAAGCACAACUGUAUUUCCUCUUCUGAUGAUGCAGAUGAGGAUUACCUUUUCUACAGUAAAAGUCAAAGAACUAGAAACUGGACACAGAGGGAUACAAUUAAAUAUCAAAGACAUUCAAGAUGUAGAGAUUUACACCAUAGAGACAGAUCAAAGCAAAGCAGAAAUACACACCGACAUUCUGGCAGAAAAUACAGCAGAAAUAGAAGACACCACAGCUCCAAAAGUUCUUCCACCAGACAUUCAAGAAGCAGUGGAAGAUCAUCUAGCUGCAGAAGAUCAACAGCCAGUAGUUCAGGAUCCUUCUCAAAAGAAACAGUAUAUUAUUUGAACAAAAGCAAGGAAGAGACAGAAGGCUGUUACAGCACUGAACCAGGAAAAACAGAAUCUACACAUUUUGACUCACAGAAUGUGAAUUGUCAGUCAAAAAAAUUUCAUGUUGGCUCUUCUGAAAAUUCAGCAAAAGACACAGUGAGAGACAGAACGUCAUUGACAGCCAGGCUACUUUUAGAAAGAGUGAAAUCCAAGAAAAACCAAGAACAAGCACACAAUUCAGAGGGAUUUUCAAACUACUGUGUGAUGGAAUUGGAGGAUAACUCACAAAGUCACUUUGCUAGUAAAUUUCCAUCAUCAGUAGGUGACAUAGCAAUAUUACCUAUGCCUGAAAAAGCCCUAGAUAUAAGUAAAAAAGUUUUAAGGAAUGAGGAAACCAGUUCAUUAGAAAGCAGUGCAAAGAAAGACAAUUUUGAAGCUUCACAGAGAAAUAAUGUUACUCGUACAACAGGCACUAAUUAUGAUAAUUGCCUUUUUAAAGACAUAAUUCAAAUAGGAAUAGGCUAUCAGGCUCCCGGCAUAAAAAGGAACACAGCAAUAAAGGAACAAUCAAAUCUCUUAAUUAGUGAAGUACAACCUUUUAUACAAAGCUGUGACCCGGUACCAAAUGAUUUCCCUGGUGCUUUUCCUUCUAAUAAAUAUUCUGUUGUUAAUUCAGCAGAGACCAAAGAAGAAGUACAUGAUGUAAGCAUGAACUUGCAUCGAGUGGAAGGAAAUGUAAACACUGAUUGUGACAGUGCUAUGCAUAAGUGUGAUGAAACAGAAAAUGAGCUAGAAAUGUACAGGAAAUCCAUCUCCCCUCCUUUAACUCAACAGCCUAUCACAUUUUCACCUGAUGAAAUAGACAAGUACAGGUUACUUCAGCUGCAAGCCCAGCAGCAUAUGCAGAAACAACUCCUGGCAAAGCACCUUAAAGUUUUGCCUGCCACAGGACCGUCUGCCUUCUCUGCAACACCAGCAGUUCAUUCUGUUCCCAGUCAGCAUCAUGCUUCUGUCACCACAAUCCACCAUACCCUUCUGCAACGCUUUGCGGUCUCCACUUCUGUACAUCCUCACAGCAGUCAUCUUUCCUUGACCAACAUGCACCCACUCUCCGAAUCAUAUUUCACUCCUAUAUCACUUUCCCCGUUAGCUCCAACCAUCAUUCCUUCCCACCCUACUCUACUGACAGGACGCCCACUGCAUUUGCUCUCCACCACACCCAUUCACCCUUCCUAUCUGACCCUCCCAUCAUUGCCACAUACUGCAUUUAUCCCUACUUUAUUCACUCCACACCUGAAUGCAGCUGCUGCCCUACAUCUGAAUCCUUUAAUUCAUCCAUUGUUCCAAGGGCAAGAUCUUCACCACCAUUCUUGCUCUAGCUAGACCCUGCUGUUACCUGGACUGAGAGACAUUUUCCAAGGUUUCUAGUUAUUUAAAUUAGCAAAACUAUUACUCCUUUGCUCCAAAAAGAAAUUUGAAGAAAAACUGGCAUUUCAUAAUCAGUCACACAUCCAAAGGGAAGUGGUAGGAGCACAUCAGCAAUAUUUAAAAGUCAAGGAAAGUGACAGAAUAUGAAUGUUGAUUUAGUUUUCACAUCACCAAGGGCUUGUCUUCACUGCAGGGUUAAGUCGAUCUAAGUUAUGCUACUCCAGCUACGUUAUUCACAUAUAACGUAGCUGGAGUCAAUGUAACUUAGGUUGACUUACCCCGGUGUCUUCACUGUGUUGCAUCGAUGGGGGAUGUUCUCCGGUCAACUUCCCUUACUCUUCUUGGAGAGCUGGAGUACAGGGGUCAACUGGAGGGCACUCUGCAGUCGAUUUAGCGGGUCUUUACUAGACCCGCUAAAUCAAUCACUGCUGCAUUGAUUGCAGCAGCGUCAAUCUCCCUAUAGUAGAGACAAGCACCAUGUGAAAACUAAAACUAGAAGGAAGCAGUAAUGCUAACUUAGUUCUGCAGAAGGAAUUAGAAUAUUGGCAGAACUCAGUAGCUCUAAGUUUCAGUGGGGCUGGAGCUGGUCUUGAGAUGUGGGGAACUGUACCUGACACCCUCAUGCUUUGUUUUCUCCCCUGCCAAGCAGAGCUCUAGAGAAUCUUGCCCAAAGAAUCUAUAUAUACUUUUCUCAAAAAAAUGUGUACCCCUUCUCAGAAAAUGUUUGCUGGAAAUUAUAAUGUUACAUUGGUCUCAGCUAGGCCCAACAUCAGCAUGGUUAGUUUUUGCAAAUAAUUCUCUGUAUGUGGUCUUUGGUUAGGGAACCAGAAUUUCACCAGAAAGGUGAAAUUCUACCUCUGUCCUAUGCAGCACCACUGAAGCUAAUAGUGAUGCAUGGGUAUAAUGCAGAGCAGAAUUGACAACUGUAGUGGAAAACUCUCAACAGUAUGAAAUAAAACUGGACUGAAAAAAACAACUGGUAAAAAUGAACAUGCAAUGAAGUUCCUAACAUAAUUUCCAAAAUUCUCAAAGUACAAGUUAAGGCUGUGAUUCAGCAAGGCACUGAACCACGUGCCCAACCUUCAAACACAUUAGAAAUUCUAUUGACAUCAAUGGGUGUACUCAUAUACCUAGAGUUAGCUGUGUGCUUCAACGGAGCCUCAACUGAUUAUAUUUUAUGGUGGUCUAAUACUCAACACUGAAUACUCUGUAUGAAAUUAAGUUCUUGAUUGCAGUUAGAGUACAGCUAUGCCUGUUAAUAUCACUGGCCAACAAAACAGCUGAUUCCUGUUAAUUUGGAUUUAGUGCACAGUUGAUAAUCUACACAUCCAGAAUUAAUUCCCAAUACAUAUAAUAGCAAACUUUUGAGGAAUUUUAUUUCAUGAUAUUCGGUUAGCUAUAGAAAGAGAGGAAAGUAGCUGUGGUUAGAAUAUAGCAAGUUUUUAAAGCAAAAUCUAUAGCUGAUUUUUUAACUUGGUUUUAAUCAACCUGAAAUGAAAAUAAUCUAGUCACAAUCAAGUAAAACUGCAGGUUCAGAUGAAUUCUGCGGAGUGGCCUAGUGUUAUUAGACCAUAACAUUGAAGUGUGGCCACUAUUUCUGGAUGCUCAACUCAACCCAACUAAUGCUUGAUUUUCAGAGAUGUUGAGAGCCAGGGAGCUGAUCCCCUCUGAAAACCUGGCUUUAGACACUCUGAUUGGACACCCAAAAUUAGUAGACAUAUUUGAAACUUUUGGAUUAAUUCUAUAGCUACCACAGUUCCGUGGGCAUGUUACAGCCUAAUAAGACAAGUUCCCUGCCCCAAAGAGAUGACAAUUUAAGGGGCCAAUCCAGCAUCCAUUAAAAUCAAUGCAAGUGAUUCCUUUCUUUCAGAGUUAGUUUGGGACUUAUUUAGCCAACACACUGACAAAAGGAGGAGCGGAAGGGGAGAAAUGACAGUUUGAGCGACUGAGUGGGGGGGCCUCAACAAUAGUUUUGUUUAAUCAUUAAAAUUCCAUAAUCUCCAAAACAAGGGAGGUAGAUGGGUAUUGGUUAUAAAACUCCUUUAAGAAUGAUAGUUAUAGAGUGACUUAGGGAUGACAUGUCAAACUGGGUCUAGAUGUGCGUGUGUAGUUACCACAGCUGCAUGCGUAUGUUGAGCAAUUGUACCUGCAAAUGGAUAGAUGCCUAAAUACCCAACUGUGCAUGCAACUGCAGUAACUGUUUGUACAGGAUGAAUACAAAGUAUACAAAGGUAUAUGUGCAAAUGCACAUACAUUUUUACAUAUGAACCUCAAGGUCUUACUUCAAAGACUGAUGCACCUAUUUAUCUCUGCACCCUUGAGUACUCCUACUGACUUCAAUAGGACUGUUCACUUCUGUAAAAUUAAGCAUAUAUGCAUAAGUCUUUUCAGGAUCAGAUUCUUCACUUUUGAAAGGCAACAAUACUAAUUAAGACAUAUUUAUGAUAGCAAAAAAAAAUCAACCAAACAAAAAAAGAUAGUCCACAUAGUAUCAGAUUGCUUAUAAAAAUCUAAAAAAAAAUUGUUAUACACAUCACCUGCUUAUAUAAAGUAAAUUAAAUAAUUGAGAACAUAAUCAAAUUAAGAAAAAUCAAGAAAAAGU